UCCUGCAAACGCGCGCCGGGCGCUUUCCCCGGAGCUCGGCGGUGCGUGCGAGCGCCCUUUUGCAGCAGCCGCGGCGGCGGCGGCGGCCCGAGGGGGCGGAGAGGAGGGGGCCGCGGCCCGGCGGCCGGGCGGCCGGGGGGCGGUGUCCCUCCUCAAAACCGCCUGCAAAGAGCUCGGGGCUGCAGAAGCAGGCCGCCGGCUCCGCGGAGCAAGCCGCUUGUCCCGGGGCUGAGCGAGCGCGCCGGGCUGCCCGGCAGAGCCGCGGUUGCUAGUGGGCGCCGGUGCCCUCGGCGCGGGGCUCGGGCUCACCAUGCCCCUGAGGGGCCGGGCUGCCGGGCACAAGCGGAUCCCCGGCUUGCCCCCGCCUCGACGCGCUCGGAUUAGCUGCAGCCGGCGCCCAAGGAUUUGAAUCCGGACUCUGGGAGGGAGCGCGCCUAGGCCGACCUCGGAGUGGCGGCCCCGCGGCCAACAUGCUUCGCAAAGGGUGCUGUGUGGAACUGUUGCUGCUGCUGCUGGCCGGGGAGCUGUCCCUGGGCGGCGGCUGCCCGCGGGACUGCGUGUGCUACCCCGCACCCAUGACGGUCAGCUGCCAGGCGCACAACUUCGCCGCCAUCCCCGAGGGCAUCCCGGAGGACAGCGAGCGCAUCUUCCUGCAGAACAACCGCAUCACCCUCCUCCAGCAGGGCCACUUCAGCCCCGCUAUGGUCACCCUGUGGAUCUACUCCAACAACAUCACCUUCAUCGACCCCGGCACCUUCGAGGGCUUCGUGCACCUGGAGGAGCUGGACCUUGGCGACAACCGGCAGCUGCGGACGCUGGCGCCGGAGACCUUCCAGGGCCUCGUGAGGCUGCACGCCCUCUACCUCUAUAAGUGCGGGCUCAGCGCCCUGCCCGCAGGCAUCUUCGGUGGCCUGCACAGCCUGCAGUACCUCUACCUGCAGGACAAUCACAUCGAGUACCUGCAGGACGACAUCUUUGUGGACCUGGUCAACCUCAGCCACCUGUUCCUGCAUGGCAACAAGCUGUGGAGCCUGGGCCAGGACACGUUCCGGGGGCUGGUGAACUUGGACCGGCUACUGCUGCACGAGAACCAGCUGCAGUGGGUCCACCACAAGGCGUUCCACGACCUCCGCAGGCUGACCACCCUCUUUCUCUUCAACAACAGUCUCUCCGAGCUGCAGGGCGACUGCCUGGCACCCCUGGGAGCCCUGGAGUUCCUCCGCCUCAACGGGAAUGCUUGGGACUGCGGCUGCCGGGCGCACUCCCUGUGGGAAUGGCUGCGGAGAUUCCGGGGCUCCAGCUCCGCCGUCCCCUGCGCGUCCCCCGAGGCGCGGCAAGGCCAGGACCUGAAGCUGCUGAGGGCCGAGGACUUCCGGAACUGCACGGGGCCAGCCUCCCCGCACCAGAUCAAGUCGCACACGCUCACCACCACCGACAGGGUCGCCCGCAAGGAGCACUACCCGCCCCGUGGCUCUGCCAGGGACAGGGGCCACCCGCAUGGCCACCUGCCCGGCUCCCGCCCAGGCCACCGGAGGCCGGGCAAGAACUGCACCAGCCACAGGAAUCGCAACCAGGUGUCCAAGGCGGGCGCCGGGAAGCAGGCCCACGAGCUGCAGGACUACGCCCCUGACUACCAGCACAAGUUCAGCUUUGACAUCAUGCCCACUGGGCGGCCCAAGAGGAAGGGCAAGUGUGCCCGCAGGACCCCCAUCCGUGCCCCCAGCGGGGUGCAGCAGGCCUCCUCGGGCAGUUCCCUGGGAGCCUCCCUCCUGGCCUGGAUACUGGGGCUGGUGGUCACUCUCCGCUGAGGACCUGGAGCGCCAGCACCCAGCACUGCCACGUGUCCACCAAGGAACAGAAUCUCUUUUCUUUUUUUUAACAAGGGGAGCAUCUGCUGGGUUUCAGGCAAGUUGGUAAGGUCUUCGGCUGCUGUCUGGGCCCUGCCGGGUGGAUUAUAAACCCAAAGUGUACAGCCCCAAAGUGGGAAGGGAUUAGUGAGCACAUCACACCCAGCUGUCCAGCCAGGCCCUGCCGAGCGCCCACGGACAGCAUCCAUCCAGCAAGGUGGUUAAAGCCCGCAAAAUGAAUCCUUCAUUAGCAACAAUGGGACAGUGCCCCACAGGAGCUGGGCUCUGUGGAAUCCCAGUCAUUGGAGAGGUCUGAAGGGCCCCCGCCAUCCCUGGAGGAAGCAGGACUCAGAGGAGAAGAGCCGAGGCUCACCCAAGAGGCUGGGUGUCCCAGCUGUCUGGGAGCAUGGAAGCAGGUGGUAUUUUGGCUCUUGCCUGAGGCCACGGAGUCUACCUGCCCUCACUCCGACCCUCAACCCCUCCCUCGGGGGUAACGCCUCUCGUUCCUGAUGUCUCAGGCAGCCCUGGCAGACCCAGGCCCAGCCGCUAGGCUCCAAGAACCAAUUACCAAAGGAAAGAUCAUCAGAGGCUGAAAUUCAGAACUGCAUCAAGUGCAGUGAGAUUCUCACAGGAGGUGCAGUUUUAUAGCUACGUCCACUUAUAUAUAUACACACUCUCCACAUAUAGAUACACACAACUGCCCAGGGCCCCGCCCCCCGCCCCCCCCAACUGUAUGUCUUCUCAUGUUUAUAAACUAUACGGAGAACUAUGAACUAAGGAUUGUAUUGGUGAUUUCUAGCAAGAAAAGAGUUACAGGGUUUUUGUCUAGAAUCCCAACCUGGCAACAACAGUCCUCGUUGUAACCUGUGCUUGCCAGGGCCUAGGGCAAAGGGUCAGUGGGAAGGGCCAGAGAGAAGAAGGGGAGGCGGCAAGAAUCACUUCAGGGGACCAAUCUUCUUCGAUGUUCAGAGCAUCACCUUGUUUUUAUAUGCAACGCAAGUCCAGCUGCCGCCCCAGAGCACCCCAUCACCCCCACUGUACUAGGUGUUGUCAGGGCCAGAAGCGAGAAGCAGCUCAUUGGACAUCAGGGAGCCAGGCCCUGGGGACGAGCUUCACGGAGAAGGGGACGGAAGGGGCUCUGGGUCUUUUUUGCCGACGGGCAGGCAGCAUCCACAGUGUCAGCCCAACAGGCUGGGCAGUGUCAUCAGCCUAGCGUUUUUGCCAGCAAUGGUCUGGACAGGCCAGGGAGACUCUGGGCAUGAGCCCAGGCCUCCAGCAUGGCUCAGCUGCUGAAUUUUUCCUUGAGGCUCUUUGAUGGCUGUCCCAGCAAGGGUCCUGUGUAGGCGGCAGGAGGGAAAGCAUCAGGUGGCCUUAGCAGAAGGGGAACAAAGAGGGCAUUUCAAGAACCAUCUCAGGCACUUCUGCAUUACGGAGGCCGCAGCCCUCCUGGCCCUUCUGAACACGCCCAGGGACGGGCAGAGGUGGGGGAGGGGGCCAGACUCAGGGGUCAGGAGUGGGGACGUGCCGGGCAUGGAACAGGCAAGCCCAGCGAGGGGACAGUGGCUCCAGUCAAGGUUGGCCAUGCUGCCGGCCAGGGCCCCGGCAGGCGCAAUCUCCUCUGAGCUUUGCACAAACCUGAAUUCCCCACCAGAGAGGAUGUGUGUGAGGAGCAAGAAACACCGAAUCCAAUCAAGAGAGGAAAAUAAUAAUAAAAAAAUUUCUCUUGGACAAGAACCCUGUUUCUCAUUUCCCAACCCUGCAUUCCUGAAGUGGUGGCGGAUCCCAGGCUUUUGUGGGGUGGGCGAGCCUGGCCGGGCACAGCACGUUUGUUGGUGGGAGGAGCCAUAUGGGGCAGGGGCACACUGACUCACUGGGAUGCAUGUGUGCACACGCGUGCGAACACACACACACACACACACUUGUUCUCUGUGCUAGGAUUCUUCCCUCAGCCUCACAGAACAUGACUCACUUCCCGCAGCCUGGCUGUGCUGGGUCGACCCAAUCUCUGCGGCUCUCCCUGGAGCAGGCUGGUCCUGGAUCCUUCCUGGUCUGUUCCCAAGAGCCUCGCGCACAGCAGCUGAGCUGUGGAUUCUUAGGGGGCUCAGGAGUGGCUGGAAGAGAGCUGCUGGUUCCUGGGGCCCAGAGGGGUUUCCAGGAGGCCAGGGACCCACCCAGACGGCAGCAGAGAGGGUCUGGAGGCUGCACCUGCUUCUCCUGCUUCAGAGAAGCGAGGCGGUUCUCCAGAUAGAGAGGGGAGGGCUGGGUUUCCAGGCGCGACUGAACAAAUCUGCCUCUUACAAGGCUUGAAACCCGCACUAACGGGAGUGCGGGGAGUGCAGGGACCGCAGAGCACAGUGCCCGCUCUCCCAGGCCAGUGCCAGGGCCCAGCUGUCCCUUAGAACCCGAGGAUGCUGUCCUGUUGUU